UGGGCACUGGUUACAAGUUGUAUGUUGACAACUUUUACACCAGCCCCAUGCUUUUCAGAGACCUCCUCUCUAAGAAGAUUUGGGCAUGUGGCACCAUACGUCCGAACAGGAUCGGUUUCCCAAAGACCAUCAGAAACCGACUGCCACGGAAUGCUCCACGAGGGUCCAUUAGAUGGCUUAGAGAAGGUGAGCUGCUGUUUGUGGAAUGGAAAGACACCCGGGAAGUGCUGAUGUGCUCCACUCUCCACAAAGCAUAUGAAGGUGACACAGUGAAGAGAAGAGUGAAGUCUAACGACGGGCAGUGGUCUCAAGUGCAUGUGCCUAUUCCCGGUGCAGUGCUGGAUUACAACAGGUUCAUGGGGGGAGUGGACCUGUCUGAUGACCUCAUUGGAUACUACAAAGUGCUCCACAAGACACGGAAGUGGUACCGUACCUUCUUCUAUUACUUUGUCGAUAUUGCUGUUGUCAACGCUUUCAUUUUGCAUCAGCAUCUGGCCAGAGCAAGGAACGAAAAACCCUUGACACAGAAAGCAUUUAGGGAAACGCUCGUUCUGGAACUUGCAGGCUUGAAAUCACGCACUGCUGCCCCUAAGACUUCUGAUGUUGGUCGCCACAACCCAAAACACAUCACGGACGACACCACUUCUGGACGACGAAAGUGCAGACUUUGCCAUCAGAAGACGCCAGUGAUGUGUGCAACAUGUGAGGUGCCACUGUGUUUUUUGCCAAAACGGGACUGUUUCAAUGACUGGCAUGUGCAGACUGGAAAAUAUGAAUCGUUGUUUGAAUGAUUAUUUUAUUUUUACAUUGUUCAGUUUAUUCAAAACUAAUACUUGUUCCAGAAGUGUUUCCUAGUUUAGGUCAGAGCCUUGCAAAAAUUUCCGGUUCCGGGGAGGAAAAUGAAGGGAGAGAAGCAAUCGCUUCUUGAGACGGUAAUGGUCGAGUACGCACUCACACUCACACUCACACUUAGAUGACUAGUAAGUUUUCAUCCUGUUUGUGAGCUAUUGUGUUUCCAUUAUUCCAAAAGAAAUUUUUAUAGAUUUAUUCAGUUAGGACUUUGUUGUUGGUUUUGGUCGUUUGCUCUCGCUCUCUUUUUCCCUCUGUCUCCCUCUUUUACAGUAUCCUUGGCCUAACUGAAUCAAAUAUGACAUGCUGGUGUGAGGCAGUACACUGUUGGCUUGGGUUUCCAGUUUGUUAGAGAAGAAACCUCCUUGUGACUGCCUUGAUCAACAUGUCUCCC